CUGUGGUCUAAUCAAUGGCGUCACCGUCAGAUACUUUUCCUACCCGUUGCUUCUGUAUUUUAUAAAAUUUAGCAAUUUCACAAGUUUGCAAGUUAUACUUUUGGAUUGUUAUUGGAUAAGUGUCUUGAGAAGAUAAUCACUUCCUGUUGUGGUGCUAUGAACAGAAAUAUAAGUCAAUAUUUCCAAUACAGUGAAAAGAACUUCCAAUAAGUGUAUCAAAAGAAAUAUAACCAAAAAUGCAGACCAUUAAGUGUGUUGUUGUGGGUGAUGGUGCGGUCGGUAAGACCUGCCUGCUCAUCAGCUACACCACAAAUAAAUUCCCAUCGGAAUAUGUACCCACUGUAUUUGACAAUUAUGCAGUGACUGUCAUGAUUGGUGGUGAACCUUACACUCUGGGUCUCUUUGAUACUGCGGGUCAGGAAGAUUAUGACAGGCUGAGACCACUAAGUUAUCCACAAACUGACGUUUUCCUUGUUUGCUUCAGUGUUGUGAGUCCCAGUUCCUUUGAAAAUGUUAAGGAAAAGUGGGUCCCUGAAAUAACUCAUCAUCAGCAAAAGACUCCGUUCCUGUUGGUUGGGACACAAAUAGAUUUAAGAGAUGACCCUGGCACCAUGGAAAAGUUGGCGAAGAUCAAACAGAAACCAGUGUCUCUGGAGCAAGGAGAGAAACUUGCAAAGGAACUGAAAGCUGUUAAAUAUGUGGAGUGCUCUGCUUUAACUCAGAAAGGGCUAAAGAACGUAUUCGACGAGGCAAUUCUGGCGGCUCUGGAGCCUCCGGAGCCCGUGAAGAGAAGGAAAUGCGUGUUGCUGUAAUGUCUGCUGGACUCGCUGGCUAGCCUCCGUCGCUCGGCGACCGGCGGACGAGCGCAUUCGUCACUGUAAUAUUCAUCUUAUUUUUAUAAUCCCACGAUUAACAAAUAUUAUGCCAUAAAUGACGCAAUGAGUAUUACAGUUCUUAUUGUUUGGGCCAUGCGCUGCAACCUAACGGCCCUCUGAAAGUUUUCCAAUUAUACCUAUAUGAGUCAAGUAUUGAGAUGAUUUUAUACCAUGUCAUUUGUCGUUUAUAUAAAUUAAUAUUUGAUAAUGUUAAGUCAUUUGUAUAAGAACCAUUUCUAUGGGCGGUAACCUGUAUAAGAUUGGAUGGUUUAACUUUUUAAGAUGGAUUGACUUUUAACAUGUACUAAAAUGGAUUAUUGCUUUUAAUAUAUUAUGACGUAUAAUGAUAUUUCUUAUUUAUUUUGUGUCAAAGUUAUGAUAUAACGUAAUAUGUAUUGUGUUUGUCUAAGAGAGACUGAGUAUGUGAAAGUAGAAUGGAUUAUUAUGUUUAUUUUCAUAAAUGAUGUGACCGUUUUUGUUUUAACCAGAUUUUAAUGAAUUUUUUUUUUGUGCCAAUGAUCUUUUAAACACUGAAAAUUAUUGGAAUAAUAAUAAGCAUUGCACAGUCUCUCUCUUAUAAUUAUAAAAGUUUAUUUAAUCAUUAUUUGGCAUGUUAUGAUUAUUAAAUAAUAAGCUUAUCUUAUUAAGAGAUUGGAACUUCGAUACAAUUAUCGAUAACUUUAUAGUUAGUUCGUAUAACACUAUUACAAGCUAAUCACAGUCAGUGUGGGAUUCGCUAUACAGAGUUUAUUAUUAGGAUGUAAUAUAAUAAAAUGUUCGCAUUUUUAUCACAAUUAUACUGCAAAUGUUUUGACUGAAUUAAAUUAUUUCAUUCCAUGUAAUGUCUUUGCAUUUUACAUACAAUAAGGGUUACAAGUGCCUCGAUUUUUCAUUAUGAAUUUUAGCUUCAAAUAUAAUAUUUGGGUUUAGUUUGUACGCUCGGUAUGUAACACUGCCACUCGAACGCUAACGCACAGGUUGUCAUACAAACAUCUCCACAACACACCACGCACUGCCAAUAUCUCUUCACUACAAGCACCAAUGGGAUUAUUCAUAACAGACCUGCUAUGAUUUAGAAUAUAGCAUCUCUAAUGUCUCAAGUGAAGGGUGUCGGUAGUUUUAAAAUAUGCAUCCAUAUAAUAGACACACAUAAUAUGAAAGUUGCAGUGUCGAUACUGUUUUGUUCAUUAAUUGUUACAUUUAAACAAGUUUAACACAACAGUGAAGCCAUUUGUGUAUUCUUGUGCUUCAUAGGUUACAUUAAAAUGAAAUAGAUCCUUGCACUAGUCAUCCUGCGAUGGGUAGCCUGUGGCUAAAAUAGAAUUGACCCAAGUAUGUGAUGUUACAACAAAUGAAUUAUUUUCAUUAUGUAUUUGGAUAGUAUGCGCAUUGGCUUGCGCAAUAUAUACCAUACCCUAGUAUGACGAUAUAGGACAUUUGUCUUUAUAUAUUAUUUGGUUAUUUCAUAGAAUUUGUGUUUAGAAGCCGGAAUUUUAAUCACAACUUUAUCCUUACUUAAUGAUAAACCCACCCACAGAAUAUGAAUUAAAAAAUAUAUGUCGCUUACUGAUCCUGCUGUCGUAUUUCUUUUUAACAUAGCUAUACAAAUUUUAUAUAACGCAUCUGUAGAGCAGAAAAAGUAAUUUUAAUGUAUUUAAUCAGGUGAUUAAUAUUAAUAUUGAGCUAAAAGUAUUAUUAAUUUUUUUUUCAAAUUUGAUUAUCUAAUAAUUAUUAUCUGCGAAAUUGACAUCGUAUUAUUGUUCAAUUAUAUCUCUAUAUUAUUUAAUGUAUUUUUUGUGUCAGUAACUAGAAAUAGGUGUAUAUUGUAUUAAUAAAUGUAAGAAUUAAA